AUUGCAAAACAUGCUAUAAAUAGAAAAAUACAUUAUUUAAUGUAAAAAGAAUGGCAUAUAUGAGCGGAGUUUGAGGCAAGAAGAAGGGGCGCAGUGGUAUUCUUAGUUGUUUCUUACACCUUCAAUCACAGCACAAACCCUAACCCUAAAUCGUCAUCUCCAAAUUCAGAGGCUUUUGCGUUGCUCGUUCUGUCGAUGCUCGGUGUUGGUGCUACGAAGGCUCAAACGGGGAGGGUUCCUUUGUUAAAUGCUCUCUCUCUUCAUUCUCUGCUCUCUCUUUUCCCCUUUCAUGUCUUCAAUCGCAGCCUUUACUCCUUCAGGGUCUCCAAAAACCCUACUUUUUGAUUUUCAUCCCUUCUCUAUACCCAACUCUUUCACUCCGAAUUUUAUACUCAAUUUCUGCUUCCCGUGUCUACAACUUCCCUCUCGUGAUCAACAUGAGUGAUUCUAAGAUGAUAGUUUUCGGCUCAUUCACUGAAGAUGAAACCCGAUCAUUGCUGUUAAAGCCGACUUCUGGGAGAAAUGAAACGCCUGUGGAGAAGAAUGAGCUGCAAUUUGGUUCUCUGAAUUCCGUUACUGUUGAAUCAAGCAACUUGCUAAAUUCAUCGAAAGCACCAGAUAGUGAUCCUCCCUCUGAUUCUCAGAAAUGUAAUGGAGUGAAAACUGAUAGUUACAAUUCACCUAAUGUAUCAGGAACAAUCAAAGAGAAUGGCAGCAUUACCAAUUUCUCCCCUAGCCCCACGAGCAUCAUUACUGUAAAUGAAGUUGAAGAAAAUAACGAGAAUUCUUUUACAUUACUUGGUGAAGGUAGUCCCUCGAACAAGUUUACAAAUUUGAGCCUAGAUGUUUCUGAGGCUGGAAGCUUGAAGAAUGUACAAGAAACUAGAGGUGGUGAUUAUUCUUCAUCAAAAUUAUCUGAUCAAGACCCCAAAAAGGCAACCAAUGGGCAUGCUGUUAUGCAUGCUAGAAAUCUGCUGCCUCGAGGCCUUAUUAACCCUGGCAAUCUGUGCUUUCUUAAUGCAACUAUGCAGGCUCUCUUGUCAUGUUCACCUUUUGUUCAGCUAUUACAGGAAAUAAGAACUCGCAACCUUCCCAAGGUUGGGUAUCCCACGUUGGCGGCAUUUGCAGAGUUUAUAACCCAAUUUGACAUGCCAAGCACUACAAAAUUAAAGCAGAAAGAUGCCGAUACUUUUGAGUCUGGAAGGCCAUUUUGCCCUGUUAUGUUUGAAAGUGUUUUAAAAAAUUUUACUCGGGACGUGGCAGAUAGCUUUUCAGGAAGACCAAGGCAGGAAGAUGCUCAGGAAUUUCUGAGCUUUGUAAUGGAUCAAAUGCAUGAUGAAUUACUGAAGCUUAAAGGACCGUCUUCAAGUCUUAAUGGUAGCAAAUCUUCUCUGGUUUCUUCUGUGGAAGAUGAUGAAUGGGAAACUGUGGGGCCAAAGAAUAAAUCUGCUGUAACAAGGACUCAAAGCCUUGUUCCAUCAGAAUUAAGUGGUAUAUUUGGAGGACAGCUUAGAAGUUUGGUGAGAGCUAAAGGAAAUAGAGCUUCUGCCACUGUUCAACCAUAUCUCCUGCUCCAUCUUGACAUUUAUCCAGAUUCUGUUCAUACCAUCGAGGAUGCACUUCACUUGUUUUCUGCACCAGAAACCUUGGAAGGGUAUCGAACAUCACUCACUGGAAAGGCUGGUGUCGUGACUGCAAGAAAAUCUGUACAAAUAGUGACACUCCCAAAAAUAUUGAUAUUGCACCUGAUGCGUUUUGGUUAUGGAAGCCAGGGAAGCACCAAGUUGCAUAAGCCUGUGCACUUUCCUCAUGAGUUCGUAUUUGGUCGUGACUUGCUCGUUUCACCUUCUACAGAGGGUCGAAGGUAUGAACUUGUUGCUACGAUUACUCACCAUGGAAAGGAGCCUUCAAAGGGGCACUACACGGCUGAUGCUCAAUACUCCAACGGUCGGUGGCUACGAUUUGAUGAUGCAUCUGUCUUUGCCAUUGGAGCAAAUAAGGUGCUGCAUGAUCAGGCAUAUGUCCUUUUCUACAAACAGAUGUGAAUGUGAACAUAAUACAAAUGUUGUUCUGUCGAUAUUUACUCCCUUUUGCACCUGAGAGAAAAACAUCACUCCCCUUUGAGGAAGGAUUGGCAAUUGAUUAAUGCCCUGUAUGGAGAAAAUGUGAGUGAUUUUUUAUUAGUUGGUCAAGCUCAAUGUGAAUUGCUCUGGGGUCAGAUUGCUAAGGUGUCAUAAAUGGUGGAUCCAAUCUAGUUUGUGAUAAGAGUAAUUGUUGUAACAUUCUUUUUCUUGUCAUUUUGAACUGGAGAAGUUUUGUAAUCCUAGUUUAGUAAAUGGACAUGUAUUUAUGGUAACAGAUUAAAGGCUUAUAAGAAUGCUGCAGAUUAUGAAGUCCCACUGGCUUGCUAGAGAUUGGGAUCUAAAGCUAUGAAACUUCAGCUCUGAUUUUUUUCUCGUUGAUUUGGUGCUGAAUAUUACUGUUUUUUUUUUUUUAAUUAAUGAAUGGACCUUUGAAUUUCCAGAUGCUUUGUUAAAAUCAAAAUGGACAUUGGCUUAUCCUGUCAAAUCCAGGCGUUCAAGUUCAAUUGUUAAAUUCUGCGCUUUUCCACCGUGUCCUAGCUUCUUACCCAUGAUACACCAUUUUUUUUAGGGUCAAUAUGUUACAAAGCAUUGUUUUGUUCAUCGUUUACCCAGCAAUUGACUUGAGUUUCCCAAGCGAUGGGGCCAUUCGGGCUCAGGAAAAAGCAGCCCCAAAAUUUUCUACACAUUUUGGGUGGCCCUUCUUCCAUGCUUCCUUGUUUCCUUUUGGGUCAACCAUGCUUUCUUGUUUCGGGUUCUUCCACUUUGAAGGAUUAGUUGAAACAUGUUCUUAAUUUCUCACACUGAAUUGGCAGACCAUAUUUUAAUUCAAAAAGUGCAUCGUAAAGUCCAACCUAUCUUUCAUUUAAAAUUGUUACUUUUCCGAAUACCUUAUAGCCUGAAAUAUUUAUGAAAACUAGUGACUUUCAAAUUAGUCCGCAGGCAGGCUGCACCUGCAAUGAAUUACUUUCGAAUUUCCUACUUGAUUUCUUUCUCAUGGCUCUCAGACUUGCAUCAUUGUUCUGCUCACAAAAAGAAUAGGACAGCAUCUUUUGAUAUUUUAAGAAUAAACAAAGGGAAGAACCAAAACGGCUACUCAUUUACAUCAAUGGAAUAUACCAUUUUUUAUGUUUUUUAAUGUGGUCCAAACCCAGCUUACAAAAGUAUUGCUUCAGGAGAGCUAAAGAAAUUAGGUUGUCCUGCGUGCUGGUUAGUGAAUGGUGGCUUUUUAUAUAAUUUUAAGCAAUGACUUCCCUUUCCCUUGUUUUUAAGACUUUCCGUGGUCCAUCCAAAUAAAUAUGUUUCUUUUGUACCAAAUGGACGGUGAAAGAGCGUCAAGCUUACUCUUACAUUUAGGCACAAAGGAUCUCCCAGUCGUUAAAGUCAGUAACUUCUCACAUUACUUCUGCAGAAACAACAUCCCCGGAGUAUUUUAUAUAUAAGAGAACAUAAACUUGUAACAUUACCUUUUCAAAAGGAAAAACAAAAUUCGCUUACUAAAUUAUGAGUUUACUUUUCAAAGAAUCAGAAAACUGAAUUUUACUUUGGCGGUUCCCAUUGUUUUCUCAAUUCUUCCUUGUUUCUUGCCACUUUUUCUGUCCAGUUACUGAUUUCCAUGAAAGAAUAUCACAAGUUUUGGUAAUCCUUGCUUUGAUCAUGUUUUUCUGCUGAUCUGCAAGAGCAACCAUGCCUCAGUGUUUUAGAGAUGUAAUACAAGAACUAUUGGAUUAUUGGUACAUGACAUGAUAUCAAAAAUGAAAAUUAAGGAAUCCUGCUUCAGGAGGGGGGCACAUUAGAGAUGUAAAUACAUAACCAUUUAUAUGUUCACAGGUCCCUUCUACGCUAUCAGAACACGUUUAUACUUGUGUCACAUUUGUCUCGUCUAAAUAAGUAUGUUAAUUUACAUAAUAUACCAAAUCCAGUGACUGAUGAAUACAACAAAAAGACAUCAUAACAAAGAACACAGGAAAAGAUUCCUUGAGUCAUUAAUAACAGAAUUGUUUGUCGCCAGAAUAUAUAUUUUGUUUUUCUAUUCUUAUAGUUAUUUGUUUUAUUUGUUUUGGCUGCUGAAGAGCUUACUUAUAUGAUAUUUGGAAACAUUAAUCUUUUAAACCAAGUGCAAUGCUUUGUAGUCCUUUUCCUAGGUCAAUUAUUGUCCUAAGCGAGCACUUAAAAAAGAUUACAUGUCCAUUAAGCUACGAAUAGAUGCAACGUGGUAAUGCAACCAACAAAAGGACAUAAUUUAUUUCCAUUGAUUGAAUCCUUUAUAGGCAUUAGUUACAAUUGUAUACAAAUAUAAAAAAUGAAAUUUAGAAACAAAGGUAUAACCAAACCACUCUGCUAUGUCCCCCUAAUUUCUUCACUGAAAUAAUAAUAAAAGUAAACCAAGCCCCCUAAUUUCAACCUAAAACUCUACAAU